GCGCGAGAAAAACCGAGUGCAGUCGACAUGAAAGAGUCUCACUCUUGUCAGUCCUCUUGCCGCAUUAUGAUGGACAAGUCGAAGGUGAUGAGUGAUUAUAGUAAAUGUUCAUCAGGUAGGAGCAGAUGGCGUCAAACAGCUGCAGCUAUAAUUGCGAAUUUGUCAGGGAUAGCUGGCGGUAUGCUGUCAGCCUGGACCGCCCCAAUAAUUCCUCAACUUUCCAAAGUGACAACUCCAGUCGGCACAGAACCGAUAACCGAGAGUGAAAUAUCUUGGUUGGGCUCAGUAACAGGGCUGACAUCACUAAUUGCUCUGCUAUUCUACGCAGUGGCAGUUAAGAGAAUUGGUAAUAGAAUAAUGGCAUGGGCAAUAGCUAUUUCCGCUGCAAGUAGUUGGUUGCUCAUAUACUUUGCCGAGAAUUUCUAUUACCUCGUGGUGGCCCGCGGUCUUGCUGGAUUCGUAUGCGGAAUAACAUUUUCAAUGGUACCAGUAUAUGUCUGCGAGAUUGCUGAUGAUUCUAUCAGAGGCCAGCUCGGAAGUUUCCUUUCCUUCGGCUUCAACCUGGGAACACUUGCCUCUUUCAUUCUAGGUGCCAAACUGUCGUAUCAUGCUUUUGCAUUGUGCGGACUAGUUGUUCCCAUAGCUUUCAUCAUAGGUUUCAUUUUUCUUCCUGAAUCACCGAUGCAUCUUCUCAGAAGGGGACGCAUCGACAGAGCUACCAGUUCUCUAAUGUGGCUGAGGAACAACGAUAAAACAACUGUGGAUUACGAAUUAAUGCAACUUGAGCGGCAACUGACGAACAGCAUCGGCAAGUCAGCCGGCUUGAAAGAUUUAUUCAGAGACAGGGGAACUUUCAUGGCAUUAAUUAUCUCUGUAACUCUAUUCGCUGGUCAACACACGUCUGGAUAUGCUAUUUUGUUCUCAUACACAACAACAAUAUUUGAAAAAGCCAAAUGCUCGGUGGAUCCUGACCUAGCGUCUAUUAUCAUCGCAGUUAUUCAAAUCGUGGGUUCAUGGACAUCAACACUGACGAUAGAGCGUCUAGGAAGGCGAAAGCUCGUCAUAAUUGCCUGCAUGGGCAUGAUAAUAAGUCACUUCGGUUUUGGAACAUUUUUAGCCCUUCAGGCCCAUAACUAUGACUUAUCAUCGGUAUCUUGGCUGCCCCUUGCCACAAUGUCAAUUUUUGCUUUAGCUUUCUGUGCAGGACUCGGUCCUCUGACAUCAACCGUUGCAUCUGAAAUUUUCAGUGCUGAUAUCGUCAGUCUAGGGCUCUCAGUCUCCUUAUCAACCGAAUUCAUUUCUAAUUUUUUAACGACACUUGUUUUUCCCUCCAUGAGUGCUACAUUCGGCAUGCACGUGAGUUUCUUCGUCCUUGCAUUAUUCACGGGAUUCACACUCGUAAUUACAUUUUUCCUCUUACCUGAGACCAAGGGACGAUCGAAGCUUGAUAUAUUCGAAGAAUUAAAUGGAAAAACAAGGAAGCCUCAAUUUAUGGCUGUUCCACUCAACGAGGAAAGUGUUGAGAAAAAUGAAUUUAUGCACCAAGCUAUUGAGUGCAAUGGAUUGCCGGCUUGAUUAAAAGUCACCGAGACAAUUUUUCGUUUAAUUUAUCCUGAUGUUGUAAUGGGAUUUACAAUAUUAUUGAACAGUGGGUCUUUUAGGCAUUUAUACAAAAAAAAUUGGAUAAUUUUAAUUACAACUUCAGGAUGAAUGGGGGAAAGUUUCCUUCCGGAACAAUGACCAUUUAUGGAAGUCUAACUGUAUAUCUGUAUCUAUAUAUCGUAUCUACGCAUGUAGCGAAUGAUCUGCAUUGCUGACUCAGCCCGUUCGCGGGCGUCGUUAGAUAAUUAAUGAUUGUAAUGAAGAAGUUUUUUUUUCUACUUUGAUGUAAUAUCCACACGAUAGCGUCUUUUUUACUAUUCGGUGUGAACUUCAAUGCACGGAUUUUGAGCGCAUUGGAGAUGUCGAUUGAUAAUUCAUAUCGAUUUGAUGCUAUUAGUUUAUCUAAUUGUUCACAAUUGAAAUGAGAAUGUAUCUCAAGGCGGCUUCGAUUCGUGUGAUUUACAUCGUGUUACGGAGUGAUUCAACUUUUUUAUAAACAAUUUAUAGGCAUUUUUCAAUAACUCAUACAUUUAUGGUAUGGGUUCAAUUCGGGAAGAGAAAUUGAUUCUGCACUGAGAUUUUCUGUAUUAAACUUCAGAAUCAGCCAUUCUUUUUAUCCACGUUGUUGCAUUAUAAGAAUUAUAUCCAGUCACUGGAUGGAAGAGUUUUUGUAAGUUAUGUAAUUGUUAAGGUAUUAGAUGAUGUUGAAUUAAUAAAACAGAUUGAAAGUAUAAUUAA